CGACAGUCUUGACGAGCAGGAAGGCGGACAACAGCUCUGAGGCCAAGGACCCCCAGAACGAAAACGUCGCCACGAAGAUGCAGAACGAGAACAAGCAGUCCGACACCCAGCCUGACGAUGAACUCUCCACAGUGCGUGCACAAAACGCCGUACUGCAAGAACAAAUCGUAGAGCUGAACAAGAGGCUAGCGCAGGCCGACGCAGAGCACGCCGAAGAGCUCUCCUUCUUGAAGCAGGAGCAUGCCGCCAGGGGCCAGAAGAACCAAGACCUCAAUCUGCGCUACCAGCAGACGAAGGACGAGAAGCUCAAGCGUAUCGGCAAUACGAUCACGCUUGCCAAGCGCGUCGCGGAGCUCGAGACGGAGGUGUAUGUCCUGCGGAAGGAGCUGGAGUUUGCGCUGUUGUCGGAGAACGACGGCGAGAGCGACUGCGAGUGUGAGGACUGCGAUUCCGAGAUGACUGACAUUGACGAAAGUGCCAGUGAGGCUUCUUUUGUUCUGGAGAAGGGUGAGGCGGAGCAGUCUAACUACUCGACAUCUUUGUUUCGCUCUAAGGGUUCGCUGUCUCCUGCUUCGAUAGUUUUCGUUGGAUAGAUCUUGUUUGUCUAGCAAUAGAGCUCGGAAAAUAGAAUGGAUUCGAUUCAUCAACUGACUGUAAUGACUGUAAAUGUGAAUUUGAAAGAGCGUUUGAAUAUCUUAGUUUAGCAAAUGUCGUGGCCGGUCCGGCCCAAUUCCAUCCCCGUGAUGUUUCGUGCACGUGACAUGUCCUUCCUCUUCUAUUAAGGUGUACAAUCUCUCAACACUGUCACAUCUACAACCACAAAUUCUCAAACACCUCAUCAAAUUUGCCUUCUCCACCCCCCCGGCACCACCGCACCCUCCAACCCUUAUCACCGGAACCCAAACCC